CAAAAGUUCAGAGGCGUCAGAAUGAACCAAUCGGUUCUGAGGUCCCGUGCUGGAAUUGCUGCUUCAUCCCGCCGAGCUUUGCCGCACUGUCCCCAGCAUUGACUCAGGAGCCUCAUGCCACCUUCACCACCCUACUUUAGAUUCAUGCGAGCUUCCCGACGUUGUUCGUCCUUUGGAAAUCAUGAUAAUCACGACGCAGAUAAGCUCUUAACCCGACGACUUCACUCCCUGUUCCCCUGUGACCGGAUCCUGUGAUUGGCGAUCGCGAUUUAGUAAAGACCCCACCAGCGGUGCGCUCGACGAAACGAGAGCUCCCCACGCAUCGGUGGGUGAGACGAGACCUCCCAAGGCUGGUAGCCGCAACGUCAACACUCGAAACCAACUGGUUCUGCAGAUGGAUGCUUCAGAUGUAUUCCGCCACGUUGAGGGCUUCGGGAAAAUCCACCAUGCUCGUCUCCCGCAAGGCUUUCAGGUUCCGAGACACACCCUCAAGGUGCCCCGAGGAAACGAGCAUAGCGAGAGCGACGUAUCACAACGCAUUGCGCAUACCCUUACGGCUUGCUGCCGUUGUCGCCAGAGGAAAACUCGAUGCGACCCGACCCUGCCGCGUUGCCUGCCCUGUGAACGAUCCGGCUCAACCUGUGAAUACUUCGAUACCACCAAGGGCACAAAGAUUAGCCGGAACUAUGUCGUCAAGCUCCAGGAACGUGUGCGAGCACUUGAAGCCGAGUUGGGCCAUUACACUGAAGAAGAGGACUUCCCCAAGAACAAUGAAGACAUUAUCAGACCGGGAGGACUGGUGCGCCUUAAUGAGUCCGAUGAGACCCCGCGCUAUCUCGGACCAUCCAGUGGCAUUUCCAUGACGCGAAUCCUCAUGGAGGAAGCGAAGCGAUAUACUGACUCGAAGCACAUAUCCGAGUUGAUACCAGAGGUUCGCGUGAGACGGCAGGCUAUGACCGACGGCGGCGGCCUUAGUAAUCAUGGUCGGAGGUCGGUAUCCUUCAUACUACCACUGUCUUCAAGAAAGAAGAGUUAUCCCAUGAUCAGUGCCGUGCCGGCGGAAAACCUGCCGAGCCGUGAUAUGGCCGAUAAACUGAUGGAGGUCUUCCAUCAACGUGCUCAAGUGUUCACACCAACGCUACAUACAAGGAAGCUCGCUGCAGCAUUGGAGGAGGUAUACGGCGGAGGCCAGGACCCGUAUUGCAAUUUCGUGAUACGUAUUGUCAUGGCAAUCAGUAUGCAGAAAUUAGAUGCCAUGUAUGCAGGCCUGGCAGACAGUUUCUAUCUGGCGGCGAUGCAGUACUUUGAAGAUGUUGUUCGGUCGAAGGAUCUGAAGACACUCCAGUGUCUUGUAUUGAUUGGCCAGUACUCCUUGCUGACGCCAACGCGGACUGCUGUGUACUACAUCAUCGGUUUAGCAACGAGAAUAUGCCAGCAGCUAGGGCUGUCAGACGAAAAGACCAUCUCCAUGGGCGCAGGUGAUGCCUUGACAUUAGAUAUGCGAAGGCGGCUGAGCUGGAUCGUGGCCUCGAUGGAGUUCGGGUUAGCUUAUAGUAUGGGACGACCAAAUGGGUUCGCGAAAACCGACGAUACGGUGGACGUCAAGUUCUUUGAUACCGCAAGUGACGAUAAUAUUUCCGAAAACGGUAUAGCACCGGGCCCGCCAGACGAGAAGAAGCUGGUCGCCAUUCACUUCUGCAAGAUGAGGCUAUGCCAAGCUGAGAUCCGCCGGGUUUUAUACGAAAAGAAACAGCCAGAACCCAUGGACGAUCGGAAUCCGUGGUUUGCCAUGAUGGAAGCCAGAAUGGAAGAGUGGCGGAACACGUCGCCGGAGAACCCGGCAUGGUGCAAGCCUUGGUUCACGGGCAGAUAUCAUACAAUGGUCGUAAGCCUUCAUCGACCGUCGCCUCAAGUGCCUCGACCAUCGGUGAAAUCGGCCAUAAAAUGUUUCGACUCCGCUGCCUUCGUCAUCGGCAUAUCCAGCAAGCAGAUGAUGGCGGCCGCCGUCGAUAUCACCUGGGUGUUUCUUUUGACUCUGUACAUGGCGGUGAACACUAUUCUGUGGAGCGUCUCAUCGUAUCCAGAUAUUCGUGCGGCGCAUGCGCGUGAGGAAGUUCAGGAGCUCAUCAACGUUUCGCUCGAUAUACUCGAUCAGUGCACCGAGCGAUGGCCAGGAACUGCUGCGGCUUCCCAGCUUUACUCCACGUUUGCCAAGGCUUGUCUCCAGAGUUACGAAGCGAGAGACACACCCAUGCUCUCGAGCACAAGUACCUUCGAUACACCUCCUUCACAAGCUGACCCGAACUCCCCCUCCGCAUCUGAUGUCUCGAGCACAACGACCAUGUCCAAACCAAAUGCCUCGGCCUUCAAUCCGCCUCAAUUUGGAUACGUGUUCGACACUGCCCCGGAACCGGUCAACUUCGACAACUCCUUUCCAUCCCAGCCCACUUUCCGCUCCAACUCCAUAUUCUUGAAUCCGGCAUCCACGGAACCCACUAGCCGGCGCUUUAGCUAUUUCCCCCCUGACUUUACUCAGUCUACUGAAAAUCUUCUGCUCGAGGAAACCACUCCACCGGCAACCGAGUCAACCAUAUCUCCUCCCAUUCCGACUCCUCUAAAUCACCUCCCUACUCCGCCAGAGUCCAUUCCUCCCGGCGCUGGCGCGACCCCUUUGUCCAUGUCGACUCCUCUCCUAUCUGGCUCGAACCUGUCGACUCCUAACCUGACACAGGCUUCUCCCGUCGCAAUGCCAAACUCCAUGCCUCAACAACCACAACGACCUCCGCCUCCCACCUUCACCAUUCCGCCUCUUCCUCAACACCAUCAGACCCAGAGUCAGCGGCCACUACCUCCAUCUACCACGGUGACCGACUGGUUCAGCCCGCCACAGCCUUUCAUUUCGCCUUAUGCCUUUGGCGGCUCGGGUGGCAACGUCUGGGGAGACUCAGCGAACGGAAACGGUCUCGGCGUGAUGGGCGUAGGUGACUCCCCAUUUGCUGGACUACCUCCAGAGAGAAAAGGCAGCCUUAGCCAAGCACAGCAGACCGAGCUCAUGGGUGUGCUGGAGAGCGAGGGCAUGUCCGAUAUCAAGACAUAUCUCAACACCGGAGUCGACUUUGGGGACCUGAUGGAUACUUCAACGUUGGGCUUGAACUGGGGGAAUAGAACCUCGUGACGAGCGAGUCGGUUCCUGGAAAUCUAGGUGGGAUGAUGGCGCAAUGAGCUUUUACGGCCUUUUUAAGAUGUACUCAACAUUUCCGGUUUGGUGGGCAUGGCUCUAUAGAUACCAGGUUUUCAUAUUUACGGCAUUCAACGGCCGGUGGAUCUCUGUUUUUAUGAAUCUUACACGUUUUUAGCUUGCAUACAAUGUUCAACCUUUGAACUGGGGCAACCCAUUAUUACGAAUUGUCCACUGACACCAAUGGGAUAGACCCUGAUUGCCACUGCUGAAGUUCAAUGUGUCUUCCCUACUAGCGAAAAUUGUGAUAACGGUGGCUACUCGAGGCCUAAAGGAUCCUCUAUCUUAGCUGAACUCACGGUGGUAACCUCAUUCACAAGGAAUGCACUUUCCCAGCCCUUCAUACUUCGCGCCACACGAGGAUAAAGUCAUUGGUUGUGUUUGUGGAAGAAUUGGAUUGUAAAAAACUUGCAGGAUUU